UUGGAACAUGAAAUAACAAAAGCGAAACUCAAAGGUCCUCAAGUACCUGGAAUGCCCCGCCCCCUUCACUACGAACAAAAAAAAAAUAAUAAGGAUCAGUCGCAGCUGAUAAUCGACGAGCAACUUUACCCAUACCGGGGUCGAUUUAAAUUCACUCAGUAUAUUCCAUCAAAGCCAGGCAAUUAUGGAAUCAAAGUAUGGUGGAUAUGUGAUGCACUGGACUGCUUUACACUGGACACUCCAGUGCUGGUCGUGAGGAAAACGUUGUUUAAAGAUUAUCAAAGACUUGGGGGCACCGUGCAAAGGAUCCGGUAG